AUGGCUGCCGCCGCGCCCCACCCCGGCUGCGUGCGGCUCCCUCCGGCGGCCGGCUCCCGGCCCAGGUGCACCCGCGGUUUCGUGCUCCUCGGCAGCCCCUCUGCCGACGGCCGAAGCGAGCCGGAAGCCUGCCGAGCGGCUGCCUUCGGCGAGACGGCCUCGGCGGAGGGACCUCCACUCAAGGCGUCAGGAACUCCUAUCCGUGUGCUGCAGCGUCUAGUCUCAGAGAGCCGCCUGUGCACAUGUGUCGAUAUUUCGCGCAAAUGCUUGCCGCCGGCGACAAACCCCAGCUACGAGUGUGUGAGCAACCGCUCAGAGAGUAUCCAUCUGGGACCCUCAUACCCGGAGUUUGCAAUCUACGGCCCCCCCGGGCUCGACGUCGGCUGCCUCCUCUCGUCGUACCUGCUCGCGGCCGUGCUUGCCGCCGGGCGCCAGCCGGAGGCGGGGGCAAGUGACACCUGCCGCCGGCUCCGCUCCGCCGCCUACGCCGUGCGCAUGAAGGAGGGCGUCGUCGACGCGCCCACCGUUAGCGCGGCGGGCGCCGACGCUGCGGGCUUCGCGGGCUGCGAGCUCGCCCGCACCGCACUGGGCUAUGCAGGCGCGCGCGGCCUGCCCAUUGCAGAUGCCGACGCGAAGGCCGCCGCCGAGGCCGCCGCGCUCCGGGUGGCGGAGCGGUGCAUCCGGCGGCGAGGCGAGGGCGUGGGCGUCGUCCGCGCGGAGAUGGACGCGCUGCUUCUGCCCCAGUGUCCCGGAGAUGCGGGGAAGCAAGCGGGAAGAAAAGCGGGCGCGCAGAAGUAG